CCAUGCAGAGUGGUCCUUCUACCGUCCUCUCCUGUGCCCUGUUACUCCUGUGGACCCAGACCCUGACCCAGGCCUGCCAGGGGGACGAGCUGCCUCGUGACGUGGUGUUGGACUGGUUCAAACAGCGCCUCCUGGAUGGGUUAGGGCUGGAGCAGCCCCCGAGCCCAGCCACCAGGCCCCUGACGGGCAGAGAGAGAGCAGAGGCAGGGCGAGGUCACCGGAGAUCCACCAGGGUAGGGAGGACAGCCUGGGCACAGGACCACAGGAGGCAUCACCAGGAGAGCCAUGAGCAAGUCAUCCUCUUCCCCAGCUCUGACUCUACCUGUGAUAGCUCAGACUCCCCAUCAGAGAGAGCGACCAGCCACUUCACCUACUACUUCCAAUCCUCCCUCGACAACCAGGAGUCUGCCAUUACUUCAGCCAAUUUCUGGUUCUAUGCCGGCGAAGGGGCCAGCAGGAACAUCACCCCUCUCUUCCUCCUCACUUCAGACCAGCAGCUCCUCCAGGUGGCAGAGUUUCCGGCCAAGACCACCGCUGAUGGCUGGACCACCUACCACUUCGAGCACCACCUCCUCAGCGCCCUGACCCAAGGCCCCUUCGUACUCCAGGUGCGCUGCCCCGCCUGCGAAUGCCACGCUAACGAAGCCGACAAAAUGCCAUUCCUCCACCUGCACACCCGACCUCACGGCCCAGACCGCUCCCCACGGCGAGCGGCCGCCACCAUUCCCUGGUUCCCAUCGUCCAUCGACCUCCUGAUGCGGCCAUCGCAGCAGAAGCCAGAGUACAGUGACUGUCAGCGGGAGAUGAUCAACAUCUCGUUCCAGGAGCUGGGCUGGGACAACUGGAUCGUUCACCCGAGUUCCAACUUCUACUACUGUCAUGGCACCUGCUCGGCUUUGGACCGCACCACUGCUAUUCUGGGGAUCAAACAGUGCUGCGCCCCGGUCCCUGGGACCAUGAGGUCACUACGGUUUACCACUACGUCUGACGGAGGGUACUCCUUUAAAUACGAGACCCUUCCCAACAUCAUACCAGAGGAGUGCACCUGUAUCUAGGCCUAAAACCUCUGAGAUGGGCUCCGUUUUUCCAAGUAAGAUUAAUAGUUAUGCUGGUGUAAUCUAGGCCAGGGCAACUGUCGGAGAAAACCUAGGCUAGACCUAUAACUGAUAAGCCUGUAUUUGUCAUGCACCAAGAUUAUAGAGCAAAAUAAAGUUUGUUAUUGAUACAGCUACACAAGAUGCAUUUUUAAUCAAAAUAAUUUAAGAAACUGAAA